GUCGAACCUUGUGGUCGUACAGCUUUUGAGUCUGGCCUGAGACUGGAGACGCGGGACGUGGGCCUUAUAAAAGUCAUGAAGCCAUGUGUCACGGUCUCGCUGUACACACUCUCCCAGGCACAGAGCCAGAAGACGAAAUAAACAUAUUUCCCCAAGGUGAAGUUAUCCCGUGCACAAAAAAAUGACAGGACAAGUUACACCGAGUAUACUGGCGGAGCUGGAAGCCCAAGCACGGAAUGAUCCUCAACUUCCACGAGCGAACCCUACAGUGGCAACGUGGCAAUUGCCGCCUCACCCGACACUGUCUGAGAUCCAGUCGGAGAGCUUACCCAAGGUGACCGAUUAUGCCAUCAUUGGAUCCGGCGUCACAGGAUGCAGUGUGGCCAAGACGUUGUUUGAGGCAGCGCCGCCGUCGUCGAGCUCAUUCUCGGUGACGGUUCUGGAGGCUCGGACGCUGACGAGCGGUGCCACGGGUCGCAACGGCGGCGUUCUGACCUCGUUCGUACCGGGCGACUACAAGAUUCUCAGCGAGCAUUUUGGUCAUGAGCAAGCGGUCAAGAUUGCACGGUACGCCAACAGCACGUUGGAGAAGAUGCAUGCUCUGGGGAACUCCUCGGACGAGUUUCGACGCAUCAGCGAAGUAAGAAGGCUCCAGGACGUCGUCUGCUUCGAAGACAAGGAAUCUUUCGAAGGAGCUUUGGAGUCAUACCGUCUAUACGAGGAGCAUGUGCCGGAAGAAAGAGGCAAGAUGAGGAAGUUGACUCCUAAAGAGGCUGAAAGGGAGUACAAUGUUCGAGCAUCAGCUGGAGCCAUCGUCGCUCCUAACGGCGCAUUCUGGCCAUACCGUCUCAUCACCAACAUCUGGGCUCAAUUGUGCUCUAGCUAUCAGUCCCGUCUGUCCAUCGAGACCAAAACUCCCGUGACGGAAAUCACUUACGACUCCAACAGCGACAAGACGUAUCCUUACAUUCUACACACACCUCGGGGAGAGAUACGAGCGGCAAAAGUCAUCCACGCCACCAACGGGUACACAGGUCACCUCUUACCGGAACUCCGAGGCAAGAUCUACCCCGUGCGCGGGACCAUGUCGACUCAAAAAUCGACCCAAGGGUUCGGACGUCACGGCAACGCCUUGUCCUGGAGCAUGAUCAACAGCGGUAGGUACGACGGCGAGUCCCGUACGAUGGAACUCGGGUUGUACUACGGUUGCCAGAACCCUCACACGGGAGACAUCUUCGUGGGAGGCGAAAGGGCCAAGGUCGACGAGAUGCUCGUGAGUGACGACACCGAGGUCGGCGUGCCGUGCGCGGAAAACAUCUCCAACAUCCUCCCUCGGUUCUUCACAAAGGGGUGGGAAGAAGGCUCCAAGGCCGAGGUGAUCAGGGUUUGGUCCGGUAUCAUGGGAUUCACGGCCGAUCGGUUGCCCUUGGUCGGAGCUUUGCCUCUGAGUGUCACCAAGAGAGGUACGAGCGAACAAGGAGGUGAAUGGAUAGCGGCGGGAUUCAACGGUUAUGGGAUGCCUCUGUGUUGGUCUUCGGGUGAAGCUGUGGCCAAGAUGUUGCUUGGGAUCGACGUGAGUGACUUCUUGCCGGAGACCUUUUUGGCCUCCAAAGAGAGGUUGGACGAUGGUAAACGCAUGGCGAUCGUGCCGGCCUUACAAUUGUUGUUUGGUGGACAUCCUUGAGGUUUUGAACUGAGACAGCGAAUCCAACCCGCGCGUCACGAAAAAGGAUAUAUAGCUCGCCCAGGGAUAUUCGAAAGGAGUGC